GUUUAACUUUUUGAAAAAUUUUGAAAAAUUUAUAUUUUAUAAAUCUAAAAUAUUACAUUUGGCAAUUGUAAAACAUAAGAAUGUUGUUAAAAUUUAUUGGAAUGAUAUGGUUUUCGAAUAUCACUGUUCAUACAGCAGAAAAUGAUAACAUUUUUUCAAAGUGUUUUAAGUGUUUAACUCAUCCAAUGACUAAUAAUGAUGACUUGAGAUAUUCUGAUUCAUUAUGGGGAAAUUCAAAUAAAACAGAUCCUACUAAAGACACAAUAUCUAAGAAAAUAACAAGUGUAGAAGUCAGAUAUUUAUACUGUUACACUAAAGAAGCAGGUGGAAAUUUUGUAGGUUUUUAUAAAAUUCUCGACAAUGGUCAUUACUUUCAACCACUUUAUUCAAAAAAUCGAAUUGAAAAAAGUGAUAACGAUGAUUUACAAUCAAUGCGAACAUCUAACCAUUCCAUAGAGUGUAAGAAGUUGACAAUUCCAAUUUAUGAAAUGCACGAAGAAAUUACAAAAGAUGGAAAUGAUUUUUUUAAAGCUCUAUCUCUAAUUAGAGAUGGUACACAAAAUAAUCAUAGUAUAUACAGGGAAUUGAUAUAUAAGGAAGUAAUAAAUAAUAAUAGUUUGGUUGAAAUACUAAAAGGCGAAGACAAUUUAAAAAAGUAUUUACAGAAGAGAAAAAUAAAAAAAAAUGGUGUAUUAUCGGGCGUUAUUGAGAUAUUUGCAGCCGUUUAUUUGAUUAAAAUGUGUAUUUAUAUUUACAUAGAUGCAAGUAAUAUGUGGUUUUUUUUCCAUGAAGACUGGCCAAAUUACAAUUCUAUUGAUUUCAGUCAACUUAAUUGUUUGUAUUUCGCUAUAAAGAAAUCUCAAAUUUACAUUGUUAAUGACGUUUAUGAUAUUAAUCAAGAAAAUUUGUAAUUAUAUUUAUUUUUUAAAAAAUCGUAAAAGAUUUGUUAAAACUCAUAAUUUUUUAAUUUUCAUUAAUAAAUU